AUGGCCGAUUACCACCAUCCUUCCGAUCGAGGUCCGCCGCAUCGUCCCCGGGAAUAUGGAGGAAACUCAUCGGCCAAUUACCAGCGGGAGGCUGCCUUCUCGAACAUCUUCGGCGCCGCCCCUCCCCCCGGUCGAUCGCAUACCAUGACCUCCUCCGUCGCUCCGCCCCAGAUGAUGUCCGCCGAUGAUAGAACCCAUACGAUGACGUCUACAUAUUCGACCAUGUCUGGCGGCAGACCUGAGAUACACCGACAGCCUCCUCCCCGCCCGCCCCAUCCCUCCCAAUAUGCCGACCAACAGCAUCGGAUGUAUCCCCCUGACCAAGUGUCUGGUGGUUACUAUCCUCCUCCUCCCCGAUCGGUCUCAGGGGGCCAUCAAGUCCCUUCCCCCCAAGCUCUCCAAUACAUGCAACAACGGAGGCCUCCGCCCCAAGGAGUCCCCCCUCCCAGGUUCGAAUCGAGACCCGGUCCUCCUCAGGGGUAUGGUCCUCCUAGGGCUGCGACACAGCGGUUCCAUCCCGGCGGGGGGCCUCCGAUGCCGGGGAUGAACGGUGACCCUUAUCGAACCCAGUCUCUGGCCUCGUCUUCGCGACAGCAGAUGUACCAUCCUCCUCCCGCGUCCUACCAGUCUCACGCCAAUCCCUCUCGAUAUAAUGCCUAUAAUCCAAACUCGGCGAGGACCACGGCCCAGGGCCGAGUCGUUCCGGAACGCGGCGAUGAUCGCUCCAUGUCCAUGACGGGUUAUCACCCUCAAGAUAGGGAUGCUCACCAAACGAUGAGUGGGCGGGUGAUUCCAAACCGAAGGUUUCCGUCUGACCCUCAGGGCAACGGCUACAUGUCCGUGGGUGGUGGAGGCCACGGCGGAUAUGCCGCACCUGGAUCUCAAACCAGGACGGCUAGCAUGGCCUCGUCAUCCGGUUAUGACAACAAUAGGACUAUGUCCAUGGCGUCGACUGUAGCGCCCACCAUAACACCGUCCGAGGCGGAUACAGUCAUUGCGACCACACCGACGCGGACUUCUACUUCUUCCACGCCAACCGCCCCUUCUCAACCACAGCACCAGCACAGCCGAUCAUCCGCUAGCAAGUCCAUUGAUAGCGAACGUCCCCCCACGGCGAAGAUCCGAGCCCCUCUCGUUUACCCAGCCCUCCUCUCCCGAGUUGCCGAAUGCUUCCGACGAAAGAUCAUGGUUGGGGACCGAACGAAGAACGAACUUACAUAUAAGAAUGCCUUCAGCGGUGCUGAGGCUGUAGAUGUCUUGUCCUAUAUUAUCAGAACGACCGAUCGCAACCUCGCGCUCCUGCUCGGUCGCUCCCUCGACGCGCAAAAGUUCUUCCACGACGUUACGUACGAGCACCGACUCCGAGAUUCGUCUAAUGAAAUCUACCAGUUCCGAGAGACCUUGAUGGAAGAGCCCGAGGAUAAGCCUCCAGUGAAUGGUGUUUUUGUCCUUCUGUCGGAGUGCUACUCGCCUACGUGUACACGAGAUCAACUGUGCUAUUCGAUCGCCUGCCCUAGGAGACUGGAGCAAGUUUCUAGGUUGAACCUCAAGAUCCAGCCCGGUCUGAGGAAGGACCAUGCCAACCUGGAUGACGUGGAUCAAACGGACGAGCAGAAGUUAUGGAUCAACUCGGUGCCCAAGGAGAUUGCCGAGAGCGUGGGAGAGCGGGAGAAGAAGAGGCAGGAGGUUAUUUCCGAGAUUUGCUACACGGAGCGAGACUUCGUCAAGGACCUGGAGUAUCUCCGCGACUUCUGGAUUGCUCCAUUGCGGUCCAAGGUGUCUCCUAUUCCGAUCGCUCGCCGUGAUAAGGUGGUGAAACUCAUCUUCAGCAACAUCAUCGACCAUCCCAGUCUUCACACGGUCAGUUCCCGCUUCGCCAAGGCUCUGACGGAGAGGCAACAAAAGAACCCCGUCGUACGCAAUAUCGCCGACAUCUUCCUCGAGUUUGUCCCGUACUUCGAGCCUUUCAUCGUGUACGGCUCGAGACAGCUGGAGGCUAAGUUCGAGUUUGAGAAUGAGCGGUCAUGUAACACGUACUUUGCCAAAUUCGUCGACGAGAUCGAGAGGAGGAAGGAGUCGAGGAAGCUAGAGCUCAACGGUUACCUGACGAAACCCACGACCAGGUUGGCGCGUUAUCCGCUACUUCUGGAGAACGUGCUUAAGUACACGGAGCCGGACAACCCGGAUAAGGACGACAUCCCCAAGGUGCUGACGAUGAUUCGAGACCUUCUCAGCCGUGUUAACAAGGAAUCCGGAAAGGCCGAGAAUCGCUUCAACCUGCGACGUCUCCAUGAACAACUCCGGUUCCGGCCGAACGAGAAGGUCGACCUUCGGCUUACCGAGGAAGGGCGCGAACUUGUGUUUAAGAGCCAGUUUAAGAAGUCGCCUACUGACCCUACGGAGAUUACGGCGUUUUUGUUCGACCAUGCCGUGUUACUGGUGCGCAUCAAGCAGGCUGGCAAGGGCGAGGAGAUCAAGGCGUAUCGAAGGCCAAUUCCAUUGGAGCUCCUGGACAUCAAGGAAAUGGAUGAAGUCAUCCCGCAGCAGGGCGCCGUCAAGCGCUCCUCUUCGAGCUUGAUACCGUCGAUACGAACCAACAAUACGGACUCCAAGAAGGGAGAAGGCUGGCCCAUCACAUUCCGCCAUCUCGGCAAGAAUGGCUACGAGCUUACACUCUAUGCCUCGAACCAGGCAGCGCGUAAGAAGUGGCUCGAGUAUAUCGACAACUCGCAACAACGGCUGCGGGCUCGUGCCGACUUCUUUAACACGGCGGAUGUCUCGAGCGGUUACUUUGUGGCCACGAACCAGGUCAACUGUGUUACGCCGUUUGAUGGCUCAAGGAAGCUCAUUAUCGGCACGAAUAACGGUAUCUACGUAUUAGACCGCAGGGCCGGGGAUGCUGCUCCUAAGAGGGUGCUAGAAGUGCCGAGCGUGACACAGGUUGAGAUCCUGGAGGAAUACCAGCUUCUCCUUGUUUUGUCGAACAAGUCUCUCCUCUCGUACAGCCUCUCAGCUCUCGACCCCAACGAGCCGGCGCUCGCGAGGCGGCCCAAGAAGAUUCAGAGCCACUGCAACUUUUUCAAGGCGGGCAUCUGCCUGGGACGGCACCUCGUGUGCGUUGUCAAGUCCUCGGCGCUGUCGACCACGGUCAAGGUCUACGAGCCCAACGACGCGAUGGCGAAGACGAAGAAGCAGAAGGGUCUCGGGAAGAUGUUUGGCGGCGGCCAAGACGAGCUACGGCCAUUCAAGGAGUGCUACAUCCCCGCCGAAUCGUCGUCGAUACACUUCCUCAAGUCCAAGCUAUGCGUGGCCUGCCCCAAGGGCUUCGAGGUCGUCUCGCUGGAGACGCUGGAGACGCAGUCCCUCCUCGACCAGGCCGACACGUCUCUCGACUUUGUGGCCCGCAAGGAAGGCGUCAGGCCCAUCCACAUCGAGCGUCUCAACGGAGAGUUCUUGCUCAACUACUCGGAGUUCUCGUUCUUCGUCAACAAACACGGUUGGCGAGCGAGGCCGGAGUGGAGGAUCGACUGGGAGGGAUCGCCGCAGAGCUUUGCGCUCAGCUAUCCCUGGAUCCUCGGUUUCGAGCCCAAUUUUAUUGAGCUUAGGGAUAUUGAGAGCGGUGCGGUGCAUAUUGUGCCUCACAAGAAUAUUAGGAUGCUUCACAGCAGCACUCAUGAAAUUUUGUUUGCAUACGAAGACGAGAGGGGUGGGGAUAUCAUCGAAUCAAUUGACUUCUGGAAGAGUAAUAAUAGACGGUCAGAACUCCUGCCGGUACCUGGCUCGCCAUAG